AUGAACAAAGAUUGGUGGACUUCAGAGCGUCAACGUAUGGGAUACGUAGUCUCAUGCCUCAAAGGCAAAGCUCAUGACCAAGUCCGGUACAACAUUAAAGAUGGGGUAGUCCUAUUUGAUAACGUCGACGCCAUAAAAGAAGUCCUUAAAUCAGCCUUUGGAGACAUUGACGCCAAAGCCACAGCCCAGCGCAAGAUCUUCGACAUGAAACAAGGCCGUAGACCUCUCACGACAUUUCUCCCCGAAUGGUACGCUGUCGCCAAACUCACCGGCUGGGAUAGCGCGGCCCUCAUUUCCCACCUCCGACGCGGUCUUCACGAAAACAUCACUUGGAGACUCUCCCUCACCAAGAGUAAAGAUAUGCCCACCGAACUCACCCAGUUUAUGGAUCUCUUUAUGGAUCUCGUCCGCACCUGCGAUAAUGAGUGUCGUCAAGUCAAUGCCAACUACUUUAAGAAGAGUACGAGCAACUCCCCUACCAACCAACUCCCGGGUUUGCAGCCCACCAGCGCACCACAAUUACCAACCCCUAACGGCGCGGAUCUCAUGGAUCUGAGCGCCACCACCUGGGGACCGGAGGAUGUCGUCUCUGGCCGUAGACCGCAAAACGACGCAGAGAGAGCAGCACGGAAAGCCUACUGCACAGCCCACGGGCUCUGUCAUUGGUGCAACUCGGACAAACACCGCUCCCUCAAUUGCGAUACCGCACCAUGGAAUAAGGGAAAAGCGUAG